GAAAGUGGUACGUGUAGUGGGUAUAUAUAGGAUGGUGGUGGUAGUGUUAUUUCAACUCAAGACCUAUUUUGCUUGGGAGUAUAAAUCAAAGUUGAGCAAAAACUUUGUCAGUCUUAUUGUUGUAGAAAAUCGUAAAAGGAAAAAGUAAUGGAGUUUGGACAUUAUUGGUGGUGGCCGGUGGUGUUAGUUUUGGUUCAUUUUAAUAUGAAUGGGUGCUUUGGUUGCUGGGAGCAAGAGAGAAUUUCUCUCUUGGAACUCAAAGCUUCCAUUGUCAACUACACUGAUAAAUAUUAUUUUCCUCAUUGGGACUCAGCUGACAAAGAGAAUGAUUGCUGUGAGUGGGAAAAAGUCAAGUGCGACAUCACUACUGGCCGUGUAAUCAAACUUGCUCUUAAUAAUACGAUUUAUUGGGGUGGAGAAAGUGGGGGAGGUUGGCACUUUAAUGCCUCUCUAUUUCUUCCGUUUGAAGAGCUUCAGUACCUCGAUUUGAGUUUUAAUUCCAUUUCUAGAUGGAUCCCAAGUGAAGGUUUUGAAAGAUUCUCUACGUUGGGCAAGCUGGAAGUGCUUCACUUGGGUGAUAAUAGUUUUAAUAACAGCAUUUUACAAUCCUUUAGUGGUACUAUUGCUUCGCUCAAGGAACUACAUUUGGAUUACAACAGUUUGAAUGGAUCAAUCGACAUCCAAGACUUCAAAGCAUUUAACAACUUGGAGGAGCUCUACUUGGGCGGAAAUCAUUAUAUCAAUGACUUCGUGACAACGGAAGGUAUGACAGAGUUAGGUGCACUAAACAACCUAGAGCAGCUGUACUUGGAUGAUUCAUCAAUUGAUAACUGCUUCCUUCACAAAGUUGGAGUUAUGAAUUCUCUUGAAGUAUUGUCAGUGCAAUUCUGUCGUCUCAACGGUAGCUUACCUGCACAAGGCUGGUGUGAACUUAGGAAGCUCCAGGAGAUAGACCUCAGCUACAAUAAUUUUGAAGGGAUACUACCUUCAUGUAUGGCAAACUUGACAUCACUUCAAGAAUUGGAUCUCUCUAACAAUCACUUCACCGGGAACAUUGCCCACUCCCCACUACCAAGUUUGACAUCACUUGAGCACCUCUCUCUGUCAAAUAACGACUUCUUGAUCCCAGCCACAAUGUCCACCUUUUCUAACCUCUCAAAUCUUAAGGACUUAUUAGGUGAUAACAAUAAAAUUGCCUUUGAACCUGACUCUCAUACUUGGAUUCCAACCUUCCAAUUACAGUUUUUGAGUCUUUCUAACGGACUCAAUGUCAAUGGCACAACUCCUAGAUUUCUUCAUUACCAAUAUGAGUUGGUAGUGAUUGAUCUCUCUCACAAUAAUUUGUUCGGAAAGUUUCCCACUUGGUUGCUAGAAAUCAGUACAAAAUUGGAGUCCCUUUUCUUAAAUAAUAACUCUUUCACGGGGCCUUUCAUGCUGCCAUAUGACAUUUGUCACAACAUUAGGAACCUAGAUAUUUCAGAUAAUCACUUACAGGGUCCAAUCCCCAUAAAUUUUGGUUUAAUUUUACCAAGUUUAGAAUAUUUAAACAUGUCUAAAAAUGCAUUUCAAGGUAGUAUACCUUCUUUUGGGAAAUUGGUUUUCUUACAAUUUCUAGGCUUGUCUGAGAAUCAUUUAUCAGGAACAAUACCAAUGCAUUUCGGAAUGGGCUGCCACAACGUACAUUUUCUCAAAUUGUCAUAUAAUAACUUCAGUGGCCAAAUAUUUCCCACCCAUUUCAAUCUGACUAAUUUAGAAUCUUUACUUUUGGAUAACAAUCACUUUUCGGGAAUGAUCCCAAAUAGCAUCUCAAUAUCUAAUUAUCUUUACACAAUUGAUUUUAGUAAUAACCAUUUUUCAGGCAUGCUUCCAACGGGGUUGGGGAACAUGUCUUUAUGGGAACUUGUUAUGGCCAAAAAUCAACUUGAAGGUACUAUUCCAAUCGAGUUGUGCAAACUUGUUAGACUUCAAUUUCUUGACCUUUCCGAGAACAAUCUAUCCGGCUCUAUUCCAUCUUGCUUCAAUUCAUCAUAUCUUACAUCAGUUUAUCUGAAUAAAAAUUUGUUGAGCGGUCCAAUUCCAUGUGCGUUCAAAAACAACUCUAAUCUAGUUACAUUAAAUCUUCGAGAUAACCUCCUAAUUGGAAACAUUUCUGAUUGGAUCGGAAACCUCUCAUCCUUGAGCAUUCUUCUUUUGAGAGAAAAUCAUUUAGAAGGUAGGAUUCCAAGUCAAUUAUGCCUUUUGCAAAACUUACACUUGUUGGAUCUUUCCUACAAUAAAUUUUCAGGUACAAUACCACACUGCUUGAGUAACAUUACUUUCGUGGCAUCCACCCAAGAGCUUAAUUCUAGAGGUUUCUCGGAUGAGAUUUUAAAGUACCAAAUUAGAAUGCCAUACUUGAAGACAAAAUCAACAAAUAUGAAAGACUGGAAUUAUAUGGGUUAUUUUGAGACAGAUGUAAAGGAGACAGAUGAAGCAGAGUUCACAACAAAGAAUAGAAUUGACUCCUAUCAUGGAGACGUUCUCAACUACAUGUUUGGAAUUGACCUUUCAUGUAACAAGUUAGUAGGUGAAAUCCCACCUCAACUUGGAAUGAUGAGCACCAUCCGGGCAAUGAACUUAUCACACAACAAAUUAACUGGACCAAUCCCUACAACAUUCUCAAACUUGAAGCAGAUGGAGAGUUUGGAUCUUUCCUACAACAAUUUAAGUGGUAAAAUUCCAUCUGAAUUGACCGAAAUUACCUUUCUAGAAGUCUUCAGUGUGGCACAUAAUAACUUAUCAGGUACAACACCAGAAAGAAAAUAUCAAUUCGGGACUUUUGAUGAAAGUUGUUAUGAGGGUAACCCUCUUUUGUGUGGACCUCCAUUACAUGAUUGCGCCAAAAUUGGACCUCCUUCUACAAUGCUAGUGGAUCAUGAUGGGGAAGAUGGGGGUAGUUUCAUUGACAUGGCUGUCUUCUACAUAAGCUUUGUGGUGGUUUACAUAACAGUGUUGUUGGGACUUGUUGCAGUUCUCUACAUAAAUCCUUACUGGCGUAGGGCGUGGUUUAACUUCAUUGAGGUGUGCGUUGACAAUUGCUACUGUUUUGUUGUGGUUCAUUACCGUAAGUUGUUCAAUUUCAUGCUUGCAUAGCCUUGCAUUUUAAUGGUUACAUGUAUGUGUGUCUCUUCCUUGUGGAUUUUGAAUCUAAAGUUUGAACUUUGAAUAAAUAUAUCAGUUGUGUAAAUUUUGAA